CCUUUACAAAAGGCUCUCCUUUUGAUGGGUUAUUUUAGGUUCGUGCAUCAACUCUGGCAUUUAUGUGUGACAUAGAUUUGCAUUAACUGGUUGUGGACAUGUGCGUAUCAUGUUUCUUAAGUCCACACUUGUAUUAUUGAUCCUAUUCUUUUAUUGUUCUUCAUUUCGUUCUUACUCUGAAGUGAAAGGGCCACUAGAAGCUCUCAAAUAUCCAUUAAUGAAUAUGUUUUUUAUGAUCCCAUGACGGAUGCCUAGAAACUUGUCUCUGAUUAUAUGGGAUCUUUUGUGUUCGAUGGAGGAGAACGAAGGGAGCCCCAUUUUUCAAACCCAGGUGAGAAAGGCUAAACCCAAAUCUUUCUUGUGAACAGGCCACUGAUUCGGGAUGCAGGGGGUGUCAGAACCGGACAUGAGACAUUGGAAUCGAACUUCAAGGUCUUGCUGUUGUUGAAUUCCAGAAUGAUUCAAAUGGUUUUUUCUUUGGGUUGCUUUUGUUGGGAAGGCGAAUAUGCAAUGAGAUAUUAAUAAUUAAAACUAGCCCAGGAGAGGGAGCUUUAUCAGAAUCCGAUGGAGGCACCAACUGAGCAGCCAGAAUCAGGGCAGCCGGACGUGCCUCGCAAAAAGAUGACGAAGCAGUUAACUGGAAAACGUGAGGAUACGCUGUUGCAUACGGCAGUAAGAGAAGGAAAUCUUCCUGUCGUGGUGGAAAUCCUUAGUGGCACCGGAGAGGCCGAAUUGAAGGAAUUGUUGGCAAAGCAAAAUCAAGCUGGCGAGACAGCUCUUUAUGUUGCCGCAGAAUAUGGUUUUGUUGAUUUGGUUAGGGAGAUGAUCAAGCACUAUGAUCUUGCUGAUGCGGGAAUCAGAGCAAGAAAUAGCUUUGAUGCAUUCCACGUUGCUGCGAAACAAGGAGACUUGGAGCUAUUGAAAGUCCUAAUGGAGGCCCAUCCGGAAUUAUCCAUGACCGUGGAUGUAACAAACGCGACGGCUCUGCACACUGCUGCAGCGAAAGGGCACACUGAGGUAGUGAACCUUUUGUUGCAGGCAGGAAGUAUCCUGGCAACCAUUGCAAAAAGUAAUGGGAAAACAGCUUUGCAUUCUGCAGCUAGAAACGGGCAUUUGGAGGUUGUGAAAGGGCUUCUGGAAAAGGAGCCUGGCAUUACAAAACGGACAGAUAAGAAGGGUCAGACAGCACUGCACAUGGCAGUGAAAGGACAGAGUAGUGAGGUGGUGGAGGAGUUGAUUAAGGCAGAUCCUUCUUCUGUAAACAUUGUUGAUAAUAAGGGCAACACCGUGUUGCAUAUAGCAACCAGGAAGGGUAGAGCUCAGAUUGUAAGGAUGCUUCUUGGACACAAUGAAACAGACACAAAAGCCGUCAACAGGACUGGUGAAACUGCCAUUGACACUGCCGAGAAAACCGGCCACCCAGAUAUCGCAGCUAUUCUUCAGGAAUAUGGGGUUCAGAGCGCCAAGAAUAUCAAUCCUCAAGCACCAACAAGCACUGCUCGUGUGUUAAAACAAACCGUGAGUGACAUAAAGCACGAAGUCCACCAUCAGCUAGAGCACACCCGCCAAACCAGAAAAAGCGUUCAGGGCAUUGCCAAACGUCUCAACAAAAUGCACUCAGAAGGUCUUAACAAUGCAAUCCACUCCACAACUGUUGUGGCUGUCCUUAUUGCCACAGUCGCAUUUGCGGCCAUAUUCACAGUCCCUGGCCAAUAUGUUGAUGACCCAACAGACAUUCCUCCUGGCCUCUCCCUUGGGGAAGCAAAUAUCGCUCCAAAAGCUGCAUUCUUGAUCUUCUUGAUCUUUGAUUCCAUUGCCCUGUUCAUUUCCCUCGCAGUUGUGGUGGUGCAGACCUCAGUGGUAGUUAUAGAAAGCAAGGCAAAGAAGCAGAUGAUGGCAGUUAUCAACAAGCUAAUGUGGUUAGCUUGCGUGCUUGUUUCAGUGGCAUUCUUGGCUCUUUCAUUUGUUGUUGUGGGUGAGAGUCAAAGGUGGCUGGCAAUUGGAGUUACAAUUAUAGGAACAACCAUAAUGGCUGCUACUUUGGGUACCAUGUGUUUUUGGGUUGUCAGGCAUCGGAUUGAAGCCUCAAAUUUGAGGAGCAUUCGGAGAUCAUCAUUGGGUACCAGAUCAAGGUCCGGGUCAAUGUCAGUAAUGUCAGAUUCUGAGAUCCUUAACAAUGAAUACAAAAAAAUGUACGCAAUUUGAAACUCUCCUUACGCCAUAUAAGUUUUUAGUGCUUGGCGUAAGUGAUCUCUAUGGUUCUACAAAGUUGACAAUCUAAAAUGUAUAUCUCCUGAGAAGAUCAUGGUAGUUUUUGUUUUCUACAAAAUUUUGGUUAUUGCUGCUA